CGGAGCUCUCUGCUCCAGCCACCACCACGGCAACUCAGCAAGGCGAGAUCCACGGCAACUCUUCUUUCACCGACCUCGGAACAGCUCGAUCCGAGGCACUGAAGAAGUUUCCAAGCUCUGAAGCACGAAAACUGUCGCGGCCGGUGACCCCCAACGGUUUCAGAAAUGAAGCAAAAGAUCGUGAUCAAGGUGCAGAUGAGCUGCGACAAGUGCCGGUCCAAGGCGCUGGCGCUGGUGGCGGCGGCGGGCGGCGUCGACUCCGUGGCGAUCGCCGGCGCCGACAGGGACCAGGUCGUCGUCGUGGGCGAGGGCGUCGACUCCAUCCACCUCACCACCGCGCUGCGCAGGAAGGUCGGGCCCGCGCACAUCCUGCAGGUCGGCGAGAACACGAAGGAGGCGGACAAGAAGCCGCCGGCGGCGCACCCUCUGCCCGACUACUACCCGUGGUGCUACCCGCCGCCGCCGGCGCAGCCGGCCGGCUUCCUCUGCGACCCCUACGGCUACACGCGGACAGAGAGCAGCGGCUGCUCCAUAAUGUAGAUUGUUCAUUUGUAUAAUUGUACUUGUAGAGAGAAUAAACCAUGCAUACGUACGGACGGGCUAUUAUAUUGUUGAUACAAAGAUUGUAGUUUUCUUUUCUUUUCUUUUCUAGCGGUACUCUAUUUUGUACACGGCUACACUGUCAAACUCUCGGAUUUUCUCGCACUGGAUUGGAAAUGGAGCAUAUGUCUCGUAUGAA